AUGAUCCCUCGACCAGUUGUGACCCAGGCGGGGCGCGUCGCCCUCGAGGGUCUCCUACACCGCGAAGUUGGGAGCCGCGCGAUCCCAGCGACCUUUUUCGGCGCGGCCAACGCAGACGGCGAGAUCUUCUGGUCGUGUGCUGGCGAGAUGGAGUACGGCAACCCCGCGCGCGGCGACGUGACCGACCAGACAUACCUGCAGCUCUUCUCCAUGACCAAGCUGGUGACCUCUGUGGCUGCGCUUCAACUGGUGGACCGGGGUCUGGCGACACUCGACGACCCCGAGCUGCUGCACGCGCACAUCCCCGAGGUGUCAAAGCAGGACAUCCUGGUAGAGUACAACGACGCCGGGCCAGUCUACGUGCCCCGCAAGACACCGAUUACGCUGCGCAUGCUCCUUUCCCACACGUCGGGGCUGGCUUAUGCGCGCCGCAACGCCCUCAUCCGUCGGUGGCAGGCCGAGCACAACUCGGGCAAACCUGGCGAUGGAGAUAAGGAGAUGUUGGGCCCGCUCGUGUUCGAACCCCGCACGCGCUGGCGGUAUGGUACGGGCGUGGACUGGGCCGCUAUUUUGUUGGAACGUGUAUCGGGGGUCACGAUUGGCGAGUGGAUGCAGACCAACAUCUUCCAGCCGCUCGGCAUCACCAACCUCACUUUCCGAGGAAACGAGCACGAGGACAAGUUCCUUACCAUGUGCUACCGGCCUUCUGGGGGUGAUGGUCCGAUAUUAAUCCCGCCGCCCCACCAGAGACCGCAGGGCGCCUUCCCGGGCCAGAAGGACAAGCGAAAUCUGGGUGUGCGUGGGCGCGAACUCGGCGGUGGAGGGCUCUACGGCACAGCGAGAGAUUACCUCCGCUUCCUAUCUGGUGUGUUGGCUAGUCGCGACGCCGCGCCGGGAGAGGGCAUACUCUCCCGCGAGAUGUUUGACGAGCUUUUCAAGAGUUCCCUUCCUCCGCGUGGACCCGAUAACAAGUGCUAUGCGGAUUGCGCGAAGAGCAUGCUUUUCGGCCACUUUACCGAUCCCCGACACACGGAUAAUGACGGACAAGGCGUCGCCCACUCGGUCGGGUGCAUGAUCAAUACCAUGGACAGCGUGCAUGGACGUCGCGCGUUCAGCGGGACCUGGGAUGGCGCGGCCAAGAGCGAGUACUGGAUCGACCCGACUACUGGCAUUGCGGGCGUAUGUGCGACAAACCUCACUAGCCCGAAUCCGGACCACUUCAUGGGCGUGUAUAACCAGUUUGAGCGGACGCUGUACGACUCGCUUACGGUCCACAAGGAGGCCGAGAUGCUCAAGUCGCAGUUGUAG